AUGGCUCGAACGACAUGCUUUGAAAUUCUCUGUGUGGCAGGAAGCGAAAGUUGUGUGGCCGCACAGAUGCAGUGCACAUAUAAGGAUCUACGAAAGACUCCUUCCAAGCAUCUGCACGUCGCAAUGGCUCUUCAGAAACCGCCGACGGUCUACGAUGGUGGAACUCGUUGGCUCUACCUGACGCCUGACAAGCUCCUUCAGGCACAUGCUGAUAUGCAGCACCGCAAAGGACACCGCGGACGUGGCGGGAAAGAUGUCAACUCUCAAAUCGAGACUGGCCCUGUACUACUUCCACGACAGUGCAUACCACGGUUCCAUGUAGCUGUUCCGUACAUCAUCGAUUGA